AUGGGAGGUUGUUGCGGAACUGGUAGCAGGCAUUCAGAAAAUCGCCCAAAUGGAGGAACUAAUAACUAAUACUAGCCUACGCUAAAAGAAUAAGGGUUUGUAGCCCCAGGAGGUGUUGGAGGUCGAUGGCCUGGUGGAAAGGUUUACUUUGUCAUUCAAAUUAACCCUUAAAACGUGACUCUGUACCAAAAAGUGCAAACUGCAAUUUAAAAAUGGAAUCAAUGGAAUCAGCCUCACUGUGUGUUUAUCCCAGCAGUUGAAACUUCAACUUACUAUGUCAACUUUAUUUAGAAUGAUAUGGCGCCACCUACCUCUCAUGUGGGAUGCUGGAAAACCAAUAACUAAUUCAUCUCAUUACCAACUUAGUACCAAAAUGGCACUCCCUUAAGAGUAGCAUGUAUUCUUCACGAAAUGAUGCACUGUGCAGGUUUUACUCAUGAGGGAUUCGAUGUGUCUACUCUAAUCAACAUGAAUGGAAUCCCUCUAGGUUCUCACGAUUAAUUUUCACUUAUGAAGUUCGGUCAUUUUUCAAAUGGUGUUUAUUAGGCAACCUAAGAAGCCCAAUAGAGAGCUGAUAACGGUGAUAUAUUCUCACUAGGAGACUUAGGAGCAAUUUUGAGGCUAUACACAAAUCCCAAAAAGCAUCAUGGAGUCUGGCAUAAACCUUGCGAUCUAAGGAAAGGAUGCACAAAGGAAACAUGUUAUUGCGAUAACUGUGGCGAAUUACCUAAUGGUGUAAAUUGUGGUUAUCAUGGAGACAGGCAGGGCCAUUGGACUUGCUGUCUUAAUGAAUAGUUUGAAUCUGAUUGUUCAACGCAUCCAGGAUAUUGGCAUUAAAAGUGUUAGAGGUCAGAUUGCUCCUCUAGAAAUUGCUACUGUAAAAAUUGUGGAAAUGGAUGUUAAUAUCAGGGAAACAAUUCUCAUUGGAGUUGUUGCAAUAGAGAAAAUAAGAUGUCAGAGUGUCCAAAGACAGUAUACAGGAAUUGA